AAGUAUAAAUACGUCCAGUUGAAGUUGAUAAGUUUAAACUGAUCACACAGCUCAAGAUGAUUAAACUGCUUGUGUUAGCUGCUCUCGCGUCAACUGCUUAUGGGGCUGCUGUGCCCAGUAGUCGGAUUUUUGGUGGCGAACUUGUGCAACCGGGCCAGUUUGGAUUUCAAGCAUCCUUAGAGCAUGGGAUGUACUUUUGCACUGGUGUAUUGAUAUCUCCGAGUACUGUCAUCACGUCAGCAUCAUGUCUUCAAUACUCCAAUGAACCGUUGCGGAUUACAAUCGGUGCUGUUAACUUCCAAAACGUCGAAGCAGAAGGAGCUGAAUUGAGAUACGCUCAACGCCAUCAGAUUUUGUACCAUGAAGCGUAUAAUCCCGAUCCCGAGACCAUUGAAAACAAUGUUGCCUUGGUUCAGAUUGAUCCACCAAUCAAACACAACAAGUUUAAGCCUGUCCAACUUCCCGCAAAAUCCAUGAUCAAUGAAUUCCUCAACACAACUCAAGUAACAAUAAUGGGAUGGGAUCAAACAUUCUCAGGAGGUCCAUCUGAUGACAAUCUUUACUACGCGGAGACGUACACGUACAAUUUCGAGGACUGUCUUUUCCUGUAUGGAGCCUAUCACUUGCACGAAACGCAGCUCUGUCUGGACAGAAGGCUUCCAACUCUGCCCACUCCGUGCUACGACGACUAUGGAGGACCAAUGUUGGCUCAGGAUGAGGCGGGCCAUUACAUUCUCAUCGGCACCCAUUCUCAUAAGGACAGAUAUGUCAACAACAUCGGUUGCUUCGAGUCAACCAUCCCCGUCGUUUACUCUCGAGUCGCUGCGUUCCUUGAUUGGAUCGAAAUAAAUGUACCUGAUGUCACAAUUAAACCUUAAGAUUAAUAAAAUAUAUACCCAAAA